AGGGAAGGCAAAGGGCGGAAGCCGCCGCGGUGCAUGCUGGGAGCUGUCAGUGCCCUCCCUCUGUGUUUAGCUGGAGAAGGGUCUCCUUUCUGGUCCGCUGUAGUGCUCUUCCUUGCCCUGGAUAGUAGGUUCCUAGGAACAAGCUAACGACUUUACAUGAAUUUCAAGCUGGUCUCUAGUGGGACUCUGCGGGAGGAUGAAUGCAGAGGAGCUGGAGCUACUGGGUGAUUCCAAGUACAGGAACUAUGUAGCAGCUGUUGACAAGGCUCUGAAAAGCUUUGAGUACUCCAGUGAAUGGGCUGAUUUAAUCUCUUCACUUGGAAAACUGAACAAGGUUCUGCAAAACAAUGCAAAGUACCAAGUAGUACCAAAAAAGCUGACCAUCGGAAAACGUCUUGCACAAUGUCUUCAUCCUGCCUUGCCAGGUGGAGUACACCGGAAAGCACUUGAAACAUAUGAAAUUAUCUUCAAAAUCAUUGGUCCCAAGCGCCUGGCCAAAGAUCUUUUCCUUUACAGUUCUGGGUUAUUUCCACUUCUUGCCAAUGCUGCUAUGUCUGUCAAACCAGCGUUACUCAGCCUGUAUGAAGCUUAUUAUCUUCCUUUGGGCAAAACACUGAAACCAGGCCUGCAAGGGUUGUUAACUGGGAUACUUCCUGGUUUGGAGGAGGGAUCUGAAUAUUAUGAAAGAACAAACACUCUGCUGGAGAAGGUAGCUGCUGCAGUGGACCAAUCUGCUUUCUACAGUGCACUGUGGGGUAGUCUUCUUACUAGUCCUGCAGUUCGGUUGCCUGGAAUUACUUAUGUGCUGUCCCAUCUCAACAGAAAGCUUUCCAUGGAAGACCAGCUAUAUAUAAUAGGCAGUGAUAUUGAACUGAUGGUAGAAGCAGUAAGCACUUCAGUGCAGGAUUCCAGUGUAUUAGUACAGAGGAGCACACUCGACCUGAUACUUUUCUGUUUUCCAUUCCACAUGAGUCAGGCAACACGUCCAGACAUGAUCAGAAUUCUGUCAGCAUCCCUUCAUGUAGUUCUGCGCAGAGAUAUGUCACUCAAUAGAAGGCUUUAUGCCUGGCUUCUAGGUUUUGAUAACAAUGGCGCUAUUAUAGGGCCUAGAAGCACACGACAUAGUAAUCCUGAAGAACAUGCUACAUACUACUUCAAUACAUUCUCUAAGGACAUGUUAGUUCAGGCAAUGGUGGGAAUUUUGCAAAUCAACAUGCACGGGGAGGAGAGCACAUUGAUGCAAGACCUAAAGCCUUUCCGGAUUCUUAUCAGUUUACUGGACAAACCUGAGCUAGGACCUGUAAUAUUAGAGGAUGUUCUGAUUGAAGUAUUUAGGACCUUAUACACACAGUGCAAAGCUGAGUUGGAUCUUCAGGUGGAGUCUUCUUUCAGCAAGGAUCAUGCACAGCUCAGCAGUAAACUGAGGGAAAAUAAGAAAACAGCAGAGCUGAUUAAAACUGCCAAUCUUCUCUUUAAUUCUUUUGAGCCUUAUUAUAUGUGGGAUUACAUUGCCCGCUGGUUUGAAGAAUGUUGUAGGAGGACACUGCAUGCCCGACUACAGACUGUGCCUAGUGGUGGCAGUGAGCACACUGAUCUCCCUCUCACCAAUUUCUGUCUGCUGGUGGAUUUUUUGUUGGAUAUAGUAUCUUUGCCUACUAGAAGUAUGAGAGUGCUUUGUCAGGAGACCUAUAUCGAAAUACAAACUGAACACCUUCCUCAGUUGUUGCUCAGGAUGGUCUCUGCAUUGACAAGUCACCUCCAAACUUUACACUUGUCUGAGCUCACAGAUUCCUUGAAACUCUGCUCAAAGAUUCUUAGCAAGGUUCAACCUCCACUGUUAUCUGCUGGUACUGAUGGUGUCCUGCAGCUACCAAGUAGGCAUAGCACCAUCAAAGAAUGGGAAGAUAAAAAGAUCCCACUAGUUUCAGUAGAAAACCCCAACGAUGUAUUUGAAGACGGUGAAAAUCCUCCAAGCAGCCGUUCAUCUGAAAGUGGCUUUACUGAGUUUGUCCAGUACCAGGCAGACACUGUGGAUGACAUUGACCGGAUGUUAACUGGGGGUCCUGGCAUCCCCAUCAUUGGUAGUGCUUCUUCAGAGACAGAGACAGCCUCAACAGUGGGUUCGGAGGAGACCAUUGUGCAGCAUGCUUUCAAGGUGACCCAGGGGACAGGAUCUCGAAGUGGGAAGACAACAACGGUCCAAAAGACUGCAAUGCAGUGCUGUUUGGAGUAUGUCCAGCAGUUUUUAACCAGAUUUAUCAACUUAUACAUCAUUCCAUGCAAUUCCUUGUCCCAGCCUUUGGUGACAGAGCUUCAGGAGGAACUCCCCAGAGGGAAAGGAGAGACUGUGCAGUGCACUAGAGAGUCACAAGGAGAUGCAGCAAAAAGGAAGAAAAUUACAAAGAAGGCAACACCAAAAGAAUACCUCUCUGCCUUUAUGGCUGCAUGUCAGCUCUUCCUUGAAUGUUCAAGUUUUCCAGUUUACAUUGCAGAGGGAAAUCAUACCUCCGAAAUACAUGCUGAGAAGGCAGAUGUUGAUUGUGAGCAAGAGCAACCCCCUUUGUGGCUCCAGACUCUUAUGAGUGCUUGCAGGCAAGCAAAUGAUUUUAGCAUCCAAGGUGUUACUAUUUCAUUAAUUAUGGACCUAGUUGGAUUGACUCAGUCAGUUGCGAUGGUCACUGGAGAAAGCCUAAAUAAUGUAGAGAGUGCACAACCUCUUAGUCCAAACCAGGGAAGAGUGGCUGUUGUCAUCAGACCUCCUCUCAAUCAAGGCAACCUCCGGUACAUGGCUGAAAAAACAGAUUUUUUCAAGCAUGUGGCAUUAACUCUAUGGGACCAGUUAGGCGAUGGAACUCCUCAACAUCACCAGAAGAGUGUGGAACUUUUUUUCCAGUUACACAAUCUUGUUCCAUCCUCUAGCAUUUGUGAGGAUGUUAUCAGCCAGCAGUUGACCCACAGAGACAAGAAAAUCAGGAUGGAAGCUCAUGCAAAGUUUGCAGUGCUCUGGCAUCUCACCAGAGAUCUCCAUAUUAACAAGUCCUCAUCAUAUGGCCGUUCAUUUGACAGGUCCUUGUUUAUCAUGCUUGAUAGCCUUAACAGUUUAGAUGGCUCUACCUGGUCAGUUGGUCAGGCCUGGUUAAAUCAAGUACUCCAGCGUCAUGACAUUGCACGAGUCCUUGAACCUUUGCUUCUACUGCUGCUUCAUCCAAAAACUCAGCGCAUUUCGGUUCAGAGAGUGCAAGCUGAAUGCUAUUGGAAUAAAUCUCCCUGUUAUCCUGAAGAUGAAAAUGAAAAGCAUUUUAUGCAGAAAUUUAACUGUGAUGGUUCGUUUUCCCACAUGCCAGCAAAUCAAGAAAAAGACAUUACAGCCAAAGAGAACAAUGAGAAACAACUUGCCAUGGAUGAAAUGGAGAACUUCAGUCUUACUGUCAACCCCUUAAGUGACCGGAUCUCCCUACUGAGUACCAGCAGUGAAACUAUUCCUUUGGCUUCUUCUGAUUUUGACCUUCCUGACCAUCAGAUAGAAAUAAUGCAGAGCUCGGACUCUGGCUGUUCCCAGUCCUCUGCUGGGGAUAACCUUAGUUAUGAGGUGGAAGCUGAAAGCCUGACUGCACCAGACAAUUCUCAGCAUUUGGGAGGAGAGUCACCAGAUGAAAUAGUUCAGCAAGUGGUCAUAGACUUGAUAUGCAAGGUUGUCAGUGGGCUUGGUGAAGAUACUGAACCAGCUAAACAUCUGUAUGCAGAAGAUACUUCAGCUACAGUAAAUAGUUUAGAUCCCUCUGAAGAGGUAACUAAAAUGGAAGAACCAAACAUUCAAGACAGCCAGAGCAGUUUACUUAGCAAUGACAGCUCCCAGUUGUUAUCUGCCUCAACUGAGACAGGACUUGAAAGCAUUUCCAAUGAAAUCUCCAGAAACAACUCCUCCCCUUGUAUCUCAGCAAGCCAGCAGACUCUCAGUGACCCAAAUUUGGCAUCAACAGAAGCCAGGUCCAGGCAGAGAAGUCACAGUAGUAUACAGUUCAGCUUCAAAGGGAAACUGCCUGAAAAAACAUCUGAGAAAGAAACUAUUGUCAAAGAAUCCGGUAAGCAGCCAGGAGCAAAGCCCAAAGUCAAAAUCGCCAAGAAGAAAGAUGAAGAGAAGAAGAAGGCACAAGCUGAGAAGGUUAAACAAACCAGUGUUUUCUUCAGUGAUGGCCUUGACUUGGAAAACUGGUACAGCUGUGGAGAGGGAGAGAUCUCAGAAAUUGAGAGUGAUGCAGGGUCUCCAGGGAUGCGGAAAUCACCCCAUUUUAACAUACACCCUUUGUAUCAGCAUGUAUUGCUCUACCUUCAGGUGUAUGACUCCUCAAGGACUUUGUAUUCCUUUUCUGCAAUUAAAGCCAUCUUGAAAACAAAUCCUUCUGGUUUUGUGAAUGCCAUCUCUACUACCAGUGUCAACAAUGCCUAUACGCCUCAAUUAUCAUUACUUCAAAAUCUCUUGGCCAGACAUCGCAUAUCUGUUAUGGGCAAAGACUUCUACAGCCAUAUCCCAGUAGACUCAAAUCAUAAUUUUCGGAGCUCCAUGUACAUAGAGAUCCUGAUUUCUUUGUGCUUGUAUUACAUGCGGAGCCACUAUCCAACACAUGUGAAAGUCUCUUCUCAAGACCUGAUAGGCAACCGUAACAUGCAGAUGAUGAGCAUUGAGAUCUUGACUCUUCUCUUUGCUGAGCUGGCAAAAGUGGUGGAAAGUUCCACCAAAGGCUUCCCCAGCUUCAUUUCAGACAUGCUGUCCAAAUGCAAGGUGCAGAAGGUGGUCCUGCAUUGUUUAUUGUCUUCCAUCUUCAGUGCCCAAAAGUGGCACAGUGAGAAGAUAGCUGGGAAAAAUAUAGUGGCAAUUGAGGAGGGUUUCUCAGAAGACAGCCUUAUUAAUUUCUCUGAGGAUGAGUUUGACAGUGGUAGCACCCUCCAGUCUCAACUCUUAAAAGUCCUCCAGCGGCUCAUUGUCCUGGAGCACAGAGUCAUGACUGUGCCUGAGGAGAAUGAAACAGGAUUUGACUUUGUCAUAACUGACUUGGAGCACAUCAACCCCCAGCAGCCAAUGACAUCCCUGCAGUAUUUACACUCUCAGCCAAUAACCUCCCAGGGCAUGUUUCUAUGUGCUGUGAUCAGAGCAUUACACCAGCCAUGUGCCUGUAAAAUGCAUCCCCAGUGGAUUGGCCUCAUUACUGCUUCUCUGCCUUAUAUGGGGAAGGUGCUCCAAAGGGUGGUUGUCUCUGUAACCCUACAGCUUUGCAGGAACCUGGAUAACCUGAUUCAGCAAUAUAGAUACGAAACAGGAUUGUCUGACAGUAGGCCACUUUGGAUGGCAUCAGUUACUCCGCCUGAUAUGAUGCUUACUCUUUUGGAAGGCAUUACUACUAUUAUUCACUAUUGCUUACUUGACCCUUCUGCACAGUAUCAUCAGCUUCUGGUUAAUGUUGAUCAGAAGCACAUGCUUGAAGCACGCAGUGGGAUCUUGUCUAUCCUUCACAUGAUCAUGUCAUCUGUGACUCUUCUGUGGAGUAUCCUGCAACAGGCAGAUUCUUCAGAGAGAACAACUGCUGCAGCUGCUGCAUCUGUUACUACUAUUAAUCUUGGAUCAACAAAGAAUCUGAGGCAGCAGAUUCUUGAACUGCUGGGUCCAAUUUCAAUGAAUCAUGGUGUUCAUUUUAUGGCGGCUAUUGCAUUUGUGUGGAAUGAAAGGAGACAACAGAAAAAUGCUUCAAGGACUAAGGUCAUUGCUACUGCCAGCGAAGAGCAACUUUUGCUAGUAGAGUUGGUUCGUUCUAUCAGCGUUAUGAGAACUGAGACUGUUAUGCAGACUGUGAAAGAAGUCUUAAAGCAACCACCUGCAAUAGCUAAGGAUAAGAAACAUCUUUCACUGGAGGUCUGCAUGUUGCAGUUUUUCUUUGCAUACAUUCAGAGAAUUCCCGUGUCCAACAUAGUUGACAGCUGGGCCUCAUUGUUGCUUCUUCUGAAGGAUUCCAUACAACUUGGCCUUCCAGCUCCAGGACAGUUUCUAAUACUGGGAGUUUUGAAUGAAUUUAUUAUGAAAAACCCAAAUCUGGAUAAUAAAAAGGACCAGAGAGAUCUUCAGGAUGUUACUCACAAAAUAGUGGAUGCCAUUGGAGCGAUUGCUGGCUCGUCCCUGGAACAAACUACAUGGCUAAGGCGAAAUUUAGAGGUUAAGCCUUCCCCCAAGAUAAUGGUUGAUGGAAACAACCUAGAAUCUGAUGUUGAAGAUAUGUUAUUUCCAGCUUUGGAGACCUCAAGCAUAACUCCAUCAGUUUAUAGUGUUCAUGCCUUAACACUGCUAUCAGAAGUUUUGGCCCAUCUUCUGGAUAUGGUUUUCUAUAGUGAUGAAAAAGAGAGGGUUAUUCCACUUCUUGUAAAUAUAAUGCACUAUGUUGUGCCUUAUCUUCGCAAUCACAGUGCCCAUAAUGCACCCAGUUAUCGAGCCUGUGUGCAGCUACUGAGUAGUCUGAGUGGGUAUCAGUACACAAGGAGAGCGUGGAAAAAAGAAGCUUUUGAUCUGUUUAUGGAUCCCAGUUUCUUUCAGAUGGAUGCUUCCUGUGUUAACCAUUGGAGAGCAAUUAUGGACAAUUUAAUGACACAUGACAAAACCACAUUUAGAGAUCUGAUGACACGUGUGGCUGUAGCUCAGAGCAGUUCACUCAAUCUGUUUGCCAAUCGCGAUGUAGAGCUGGAACAGCGUGCUAUGCUUCUCAAGAGGUUGGCCUUUGCCAUUUUUAGUAGUGAAGUGGACCAAUACCAGAAAUAUCUUCCAGAUAUACAAGAAAGGCUGGUCGAAAGUCUCCGUCUGCCCCAAGUGCCCACCCUCCAUUCUCAAGUGUUUCUGUUUUUCCGAGUUUUGCUUUUAAGAAUGUCUCCACAGCACCUUACCUCACUUUGGCCUACCAUGAUCACAGAAUUGGUCCAAGUAUUUUUACUAAUGGAACAAGAACUCACAGCUGAUGAAGAUAUCUCAAGAACUUCGGGCCCAUCUGUGGCUGGUCUGGAGACCACAUACACGGGAGGCAAUGGAUUUUCCACAUCCUACAACAGCCAGAGAUGGUUAAAUCUUUAUUUGUCUGCGUGUAAAUUUCUGGAUUUAGCCCUGGCAUUACCCUCUGAAAAUCUGCCUCAGUUUCAGAUGUAUCGGUGGGCCUUCAUUCCAGAAGCUUCUGAUGAUUCAGGAUUGGAAGUGAGGAGGCAAGGCACACAUCAAAGGGAAUUCAAACCAUAUGUGGUGCGAUUAGCAAAAUUACUUCGGAAAAGAGCCAAGAAAAAUCCAGAAGAGGACAGCUCAGGGAAAACCUUAAACUGGGAACCCGGUCACUUGCUCCUGACCAUCUGUGCCGUCCGUACCAUAGAGCAGCUACUGCCUUUCUUCAAUGUCUUGAGCCAAGUCUUUAACAGCAAAGUCACCAGCAGAAGCAUCGGCCAUUCAGGGAGCCCCAUGCUUUACCCCAACUCUUUCCCCAACAAGGACAUGAAAAUGGAGAACCAAAAGACAUUCUCCAGCAAAGCGAGACAGAAAAUUGAAGAGAUGGUGGAGAAGGACUUUCUGGAAGGAGUCAUAAAGACAUGAGGCUCAAGUGGCAAAAUGUUUAUCUUCUAUAAUGUUAUCUUCAAAUGAAACCACUCCAUCCUUCCAGUGUAUAGUUUCUUUUUCAUACUUUGUAUGUAAAAUAUACUGCAGGAUGUAUUUAAUUUAAAUCCCUGUAAAUAAGUUCUGGAUGUAGCCUGAAUGAAGUUUAAAUAUCAUUGGCUCAUAUUGAUUAUGGUGCCUAAUAUUUAUGGUACAUUUGUUUUUGUCAUCUUGAGGUCUGUCUUUAAGAAUCUACAAUACAAGUUGCACAUUUUUUUCUA